UGUGAGGAAAACAGGAACUUGGUAACAAACUGUUACAAAGUUCAUUUGACUAUGCCGUAGCUUAGAAGAAAUCCUAGGACAUGCCACAGGCAGGUUGUGGAUUUAGUUUUAGACAUUGGUUUUAGGAACAGCACACAAUCUGAUGUUUGUGCGUUUUGUUGUCAUUUUAUGCUUCCUGGAAAAUCCAGGGAAUUAAAGCAGACAGGUAGCAGGACAAGUGGCAGACAUCCCUUUCUAACAUGAACUUUAAUUCAGGUUCGGCGUUCCCCUUUUGGAUAGUCUUUCUUUUGAAGGCCAUUCUUCUGUUGUUCAUCGCUGGAAUCUCAUCGUCUGAAGAGCCUGCUGUGAAAAGUGUGUUCUUGGAAUCAUGGAACUGUCGGAACACGCUGCAUUGGAAUACUAGUGGGAGAGAGGACUCGGAUGCCGUCUAUAGUGUGCAGUACAGAAUAUAUGGGAAACCAUGGCAGAACAAAAGUGAAUGCUACAAUAUCACUCGUCACUCCUGUGAUCUCAGCCAUGAAACGGCAGACUGUAAUUCAUUUUAUAAUGCCAAAGUGAUCGUGACAUCAAAGAAGGGCAACCAGGAGUUUGAGACUAAGAGAUUUCAUCCAAAAACCAAAACUCUCCUGGGGCCACCUGCAGUGAAGUAUUCAACUACCGUGUCUUCAUUACUCUUAUCUAUUGAGCUUCCCAACACUCAUUCAAGCCAAUCAUUGGAAGAUGUUUUUGAGACAGACUUGGUGUACCAUGUGACACUUAGUACCGACAAAUCUGUAAUGAUGAAUGUGACACAGAAGUUUAAAGAAUUUGAGAUUCCCAAGCUUGACGCUGACACUGAAUACUGUGGAGUCGUGGUAUUUAAAGUUCCACCUUACAUGAAAAUCAGUGAGCCCUAUAAGUUCUGCACCAGAACAUUAAAAGAUUACAGAUGGACUCUGGUCGUGUUUGUCACUGUGGUGUUCGUCCCUUGCUUUAUUGUUGGAAUCCUCUGCUUUGUUUUGAACAAGUAUCUGAAGGAGAAAAGGAAGCUGCCAAAUUCUUUGGAAGCCUUUCUCAAGCCUCAAACAAUACUCUCAACUAUGUUAGUGCCAAUGGAACCAGAUGUCGUUUGUGUUAUUGUUCACAGUAAAGAACCCAAAGAACUGGUGACCGUAGCAAUGCCAAAAGGAAGUUAUGCCCCUCAGACAGCACCCAGACAACAUUGUAUAUAUGCCUCCCAAAACUUUGCCAGCCAGCCAUUGCUGAGAAAUCAGCACAGCACAGAGUCAUCAGGCACGUGCUAUGGCAAAGUUGUGGAAGUCUUGUCUGAGGGUUCCAGAGACAACUACGUCUUACAGUCACAAUCCGUUAAUCCCAACAAUCUCGGCCCAUCCGAAGUGGUGCUGAGAGACAAGCAGCUAAGAGACAAUGAAACCAAAGGAGGUAGCAGAGACUGUGAUAUCUUUGCUGCUGGAAAACAAGAAGAUGGAUCGUGUGAGGCAUUGACAUUAAACAAUGCAUGGGGCACUAUCAAUACUAAUGAAACAGGGCCACUGGUAAUUAGGACUGAGCGAAAAAAUGGCCUCUUGCAGAUGUCAGACCUGCUUUCUUGGAAGUCUGAAGAGCAAAGUGACGAAGAUCAUACUAAAUUAAAUCUCCUAAAUGAUUGGGGAGGAUCUGCUUUGUUUUCUGGGGAAGGAGUCAGUGAUCAGACCUCAUGGCUGGCAAAAGCUGUUGAUGUGCAACAACUUUACAAAGAUGAGGAGCUGCCAAACAACCCCUCGUCUUGCUCCCAAUUCCAAGAUUAUCUUAAAACCACGCUGAGACAGCCUGAGACAGGCUUGAAUUAUUUUGUGAAUAAUAUGGAAAUCUGGAAGCUGCCCGAGAGCACUGUGCUACUCCCAUCAAAUUCUGAAAGGCUUGAAGCAGAACGCCCCUUGCCGCUGUCCUGCACAGUUCAAGAGACUAAAGAUGACGGACUAUUUCUCAAAGGCUGGGAUUUACAAAUUCAAAUGUAAAAAAAAAUGCUGGUUUAAAGCCUUUUUAAAAUAAUUUAAUCGGGGCUUAGUUGAGGAGAGGGCUCAGGGACCGCAGUUCCAGUUUACAUGCUUUGAUAAGCUGAGACAUGAAAAAAGUGAGACAACUUUCAACGCAAACCGAAUCUGAAAAACCUGACGGACGGAAUGCCCUCAACCAAGGGACGCUCCCAACUGGGAAAUGCUAUAGUAAAUGUAUAGAAAGAGGUGAUAAAUUAAUAAAGCACAGCUUCCUACAGGAUGUAUCUGCAGUCUUUUUCAUCAACCUUUGCUCCUCUAAGUGGCAGCAGAUUUUUAUUGGAGCAUUUUACAGCUCUGGUGAAUCACUCUUGCUUAUAUCAGCUAGUCAUGAUUCAGCAUUACCCAGCAAAACACAAGGUUAGUGCAGUUCAGGGUGAUUCCCCAGGGCUGAAAAUAAAUCAAAAUAAUCUAUCUGCUUUUUAUCAAGGAGGAUAUAGGCUGAAACAACAAUAUUAGGUAAAAUCACGGUAAUUUAAAACGGGUAAUAUAAUACAUAUCCUGAAGGAAAUUUAUAUGAAGAGUGCCAUUGACUAUUGAAUAGAUAAGAGCAAGGUGAAGGUGGAAAAGACAUUGACUUUUGUCAGUAAGGCUUGACAAAGAUGUGAUAUAUACAUCCUGAUUGCUUAGAAAUAUGUACAGUAUACAUGAUUUCGAAAAUGUGUUUGUACAAGUUAUAUUGUGCAUGUUUCUAUGCAAUCAGGAUUUAUAGAUCCCAUCCAUAUUUUAUUAUUGCACUGAAGUGUUUUGUUUUGAGCUGAGAAAACACAAAGCCACUUUGUGUCUUGGAACUUGGUUUCAGGAGACUAGGUUU